CAGUUGGCUCGGCGCUUAUGCGUUGCGAGGUGGUGUUAUGCGCUGAAGACUCCCCAAAUACAAAGUGGUGUCGUCUUUUGGUGGCCGGUCGAGUACGUGUUGCCGACAGUUUUGUGUGAUCGCCCCGAUUGGGUGGGGUUUGUGCCCGAUUGAUGGUAUCACUUGCGCACAAAUUGCUCGGAGAAAUCCCUCUCUGAGAUCCCUCAUUGGGUGAGAUGGAAUGCUUGGUUGCAGCUUCCUCCCGUGUUCGUUCGACAACGCUGGAUAUCCACGGGCAUAAGCUCCGACUGAGCCAUGGAAUUAUCCCUUUCCGUCUUCUUGCUCAGUUCCGUCCGAGCGCAUCUCCUUCCCGGCGGAAGCUGCGCGGGACUCCCCGCUACCCACGCCGCGCCAAGCUGCCGCCUGACCCAGGAACCUCCCGGUUGCCAUCCGAGAUGGUCGAUGGCGGUGCUCGGCCACUCGACGACAUUCGGGAUGGGGACGAGAAACACACGGCGGAAUUGUCCGUGGACAAUGCGGAGUGGAGCCCCGAAGAGCUUGAGGCAAUCUCCGCCCUCUUCGAACGGCCGAUGCUGCAGAAGGCCCCGAAGCCCGUGAAAGAGCGGCCGCUGCCGCUCCCCUCGCCUUACGAAAUCCGUCCCUCGAGGGUUCCAACGCUAAAGCGUCACGUCCGGUCAGCCUCCCGCUCAGUGCUGGCGCCGCGGUCAUCUUUCGCCGAUCGGGUGCACAAGAAUCCGGAAGCUCUCAUCGGCAUCGCUAGGGAGAUCGCGGCUCUUCCCGCCAACAGCGACGCCUGCGAGGUGCUCGACCGGUGGACUAGGUUCCUUCGGAAGGGCUCUCUUUCGAUGACGAUUCGAGAACUGGGUCACAUGGGCCUCCCCGAGCGAGCCCUGCAGACCCUGUGCUGGGCGCAGAAGCAGCCUUCGCUGUUCCCCGACGAUCGAACCCUUGCUUCGACGGUCGAAGUCUUGGCCAGAUGCGGUCAGCUGCGAAUGGAGUCGGAGAUGGGCAAAUAUCUCAACUCCGCCAGUCGCACCGUGAUCGAAGCCAUGGCCAGGGGUUUCCUGAGAGCGGGACGCCUGCACCGCGCGCGCAAGAUCCUGCUAUUCGCCAAGGACAACAAACGAACACUCGACCCGAGCAUCUACGCGAAGCUGAUCGCGGAGGCUGGCAAGACUCCGGAUGGCUACAGGCUCGCGUCGGCAGUGCUGGACGAGCUCGGCGAGAGAGACGACUUUGAUCUGGAGCCGCAGGACUGCACAGCCAUAAUGAAGGUCUGCAUCAAGCUUGGGAGGUUCGAAGCCGUGGAGAAUCUGUUCAGCUGGUACAAGCAGAGCGGAAGGAAUCCCACUGUGGUGAUGUACACGACGGUCAUACACAGCAGAUACUGCGAGAAGAAGCACCGGGAAGCUCUGGCUUUGGUGUGGGAGAUGGAGAGCUCAGGCUGCCUCCUGGAUCUCCCAGCUUACAGGGUAAUGAUCCGGCUACUGGUUGCUAUGAAUGAUCUAGCGAGAGCCACUCGGUACUUUUCAAAGUUGAAGGAUGCUGGCUUCUCUCCCACCUGCGACAUCUACCAUGACAUGAUCAAGGUUUAUACAGCUUCAGGGAGGUUGGCUAAGUGCAGGCAGGUGCGUAAAGAAGCAGAGAUGACUGGAUUGAGGUUGGAUGAGAGGACAUUGUCUCUGCUUUCGGAGAUGGAAUCAGAUGCUUCUGCAUGAGGUGGUGGCUUCUGAGCUGUAUUUGAACAGAGAUUAGCUUGAUUCAGUGAAAAUCUGGUCAUUGGUAUUCUGUAACUAAAAAAUUAGAUCAUGUGUAAUUAGGCAUGAUUCUUAGAGUUAUUAUUAGCUCCCUUUCUAGGUGAUGAUUGCAACAGGUGACAUGCAUGAGAUGAAGCAAUACUUUGAACUAUAGCUAUUGCAAGAAACAUACACACUUAUAUAGCCUUUAAGACAAGACACCUUGAUGUUAGUAGAAUUUGAUUCAGAGAUGCAAGAAAAAGAACAUCCAGCCAUUCUGGUUGCUGUCAGUUAAAUGAUUUUGUAGCUAUGCUCAUCCCAAAUAGCAAAAGAAAGAUGAUUGUGGAAGACAUCAACUACAUGACAUACCAAAGCUACGGCAAUUAAUUGGUUUUUGACUUCGAUGAAGUCAUGUUCUACAAAGGUAGACUUGUUGCCAUGUGAAGCAUAUGGAUCCAUGUAUUACAACAGGCUUGAAUGCUAAUCUAUGGAGUAUCCAUUAAGAUGAUAUUGUCUUCAUAUUUAGAUUCUCUAAAGAUAGUUUAUUUUUAUGACUUAUAGAAGGGGGUUUCGUGGUCCAUUAAAUCUACAUGUCCUUCACAUUGUUGACCUCAUGGGACCAUUAAAUUG